AUGGCUCGAAUUAAACGCUCGUACGGUACGAGGAAACUAAUGGCUCAACACCCGCACGCCGUGCAGUACGAAUACAUCGUACCGCAGGAGCGGUACUACUACGAAGAUCCGGCGUAUUAUCCGGAAGAAUACGGCGAUUUCCGGGGUACCAUAAAUCGAGCAAUUCCCGAGAUGUUCUAUGGGGAAAACGCCGCGGUGGUACCGGUACGGGUACGCUCCUACAAGCCCAAAUCGGCUUAUGGUAGAAACAUCGGAGUACCGGAUUAUUACGAGUACUACGAUACUAAAGCGUGUCAGAGCGGGAUGCACGAUAUCGAAACGAUUGCUAAAGAGAAGGAUGUAGAUGUUGGUGAGUCCAGAAUACCGAGACCCGUUGCUUCGAAGAAGUUUCCAGUGACUUUUCCUAUCACCAGACAUUACAAGAAACCCCAGACCGGUGUCGCCCCCAGACGGCCGUUUUCGUCCCUCUGCGUCCCUCGACGAGCUCCUGCCGGAAUCCGACGGUGCAAAAAACCCGAAUCCGACGAUUGCUCGGAGCCUUGCUCGGUAAAGCGCGAUACAUCGGAAGGAUUCGAUCGCCGCAAAACGGAAUUCCAACAGCGGGAGAAUAACGAGGAAAUCUCGAAAUUAGCGAGGCUCUUAAAAACCGAAGCGAUCGGCGACGAAUCGAAGAAACCGACGCGGAAAAAUCCCCCGUCGGCGCUCGACGAGUUGCUCGACGAGCUGAAGCGGCCCGACGAAUGCCGAAUCGGACCCCAAACAACCGCCGAACAAAAGCCUCCGAAGUUGGACGAGCUUAAAAGCUCGAAUUGUUCUCUACACAAACGCGCAGCGAGGACGAUGCUGGACGAUACCGGAGCGCUGGAAUUGCACAAAUCGAAGAGCUACAUCGUGAAUUUGAUCGACAGGGCGCUGAGCAGGGAAUUGGGGACGGUGCCCAGCGGCAGGACCGCCGACGUCGAGGAGCUGAUGGACGCUCGAAGGGCGAUAGGCGUCGUAAAUCGGCACGCGAGCGGCAGGAAUUCCUCGUGUAGCAAGGACGAGAUGGAAUUGUUGGUGGAAGAUGAUGGGAAUAAAUGCGACCUGUGCAAAUGCACUACAGAGGAACCGGCUUAUGUGAAGCAAUUGAAGCAGCUGAGAUGGGGCCAUUUGAGGCAUAUACAGCGCGAGAUUAGGCGGUUGGAAGAGCUGGAACGAUUCCUGGAUACUUGUUCGACGAUUCCCGAAUGA